AGAAGGUACAAGUUGAGAACUGCUAUAGGGAGAAGGGAAGCUCUGAAGCUCAUAUUGCUUCCUCCUGAUUUGUGCUCCAUGUGUGCUUCACGUGUUGUACCUAACUUCUACAACUCUAAACCAAAAACUGGGACAAGAAAAUAAAAGUAAUCCAUUCACAAUCUCCUCUCCUUUCCCACGAAGAAUCUCUACUGGAAUGAACAUUCUUGUCACCCCAUCCACCUUAUUUUAACAGGUUAGAUGGAAGGGAGAAAAGUAAGCAUUGAUGUUCCUAGGAGUGACAGAAAUGGAAAACCGAAGGUUCUUGAUCCAGCAUUUUCUGCCUUUUUGGUUCAGCUUCCAAACCAACUUCAAGAUUGCCUCAAGGGAAAGUUCCAUUUUCUUUUGUCAAAGUCACAAAUCAAGAGACUAGCUAAGGAUAAUGUUGGAAUAAAAUCAGUUAACCCUUUUCUUGGGAAGGAGAAGAGUUUAUCUACUGGAUUGGGGAUCGAUCUGGAGAAACAAUUGCAAGCUUGGAGAGAAAAUCCUAUAUGGGUCAAUCAACCUCCAGAAAUAAAGGUCAGUGUACCAAAAGGUUCUCUUUGCAACCUUAAGGCAAAAGUUGAUGUUGGAUUGCCUCCUGAUGCAGUGUAUAAUAUUGUAACAGAUCCUGAUAACAAGAGAGUAUUCAAAAACAUUAAGGAAGUGAUAUCUAGAAAGGUUUUAGUUGAUGAAGGUAAAAGACAGGUGGUUGAUGUGGAGCAGAAAGCUUUGUGGAGAUUCCUUUGGUGGUCAGGGACCAUCUCAGUUCAUGUUCUAGUGGAUCAAAACGGAGAAGAUAACUCAAUGAAGUUCAAGCAAGUAGAUGCAGGAUUCAUGAAAAAAUUUGAAGGUCACUGGAGAGUAGAACCUCUUUUCGUUGAUGAAGAAACAUGCUUUCCUUUCAAACCUAAAACAUGGGCAGAGUAUUGUUCAUGUACUGGGGGUAAAGGAAGGAUUGGGUCGAAGGUGAGCUUGGACCAACUGAUUCAGCCAGCCAUCGUCCCUCCCCCACCCAUUUCUUGGUAUCUAAGGGGAAUAACCAGCAAGACCACUGAGAUGCUGAUCAAUGAUCUGCUCGCCGAAGCUGCUAGACUAAAGGGCAGCUUUGACGCUGAAAAUUCCGUCAACGAAAUCAAUGAACAGCACCAAGUUGAGCAGAUUAAUGACAUUAAAGAAAGAUGGAACCUUCAUAGGAGAAAUGUGAAGCUGCGUGGUAAGAGGCUAUUGACUGCUGAAUCGUCUACGAUUUGAUGAGUUCUAAGUUCAUAUAUAGUUGGUUGACUGUAGCAUGUGAGUAUUUUAUAUGAAAAAUGUCCAUUAUUAUGAUGUUUCAGUUUGAACUUUUGAAAUCUUCCAAAAGCAUUUGAAUCAUCAUCUUGCAUGACUUGGAUAAGGAUAUUUGUCCGAUAUGAAAAAUCUAUUCUUAUUCUUUUAUAUA